AUGGUCUCUAGCCAUCCGCCGCAGCCCUCCCCGGCGUGCCCCUUACCCAGGAGCAUCUUAUUCCAAAAUGAGGACAGGUCCGUCUUCCUUAUCGACAUCCCCGCGUCUCUGGAGGAGAGCCAGUUGUUGCCGGGUUGCAGUGCCGAGACAACAGGUCCACAAAGACGGCUCCUCUCGGUCGACCCCAUCACAACACCCUUUUCUAUACCGGAACCCCGGGACCCCCUGACCAACAACCAGACACCGGCGAGCCAGCUCGCAGACCUCAUGAUCGAGGCGGCGGUGAGGAGCGCCCUCGACACGCUAAGCAAAGACUACACCGCGCCGUUUUGCCUCCCACGAGUGACCGGCGGCGGGAGCAGCAACGUCAGCAGCGGUAGUGAGUGCAGCAAGAAGAGCCUGCAGGAUCAUCCCGCAUGCAAUGACGCCGCGCAACAUGCGGCUGCGGCUGCGGCUACGGCGCACUUUAUCCCUAAAGAGUCUGCGUACCUGAGCGGCUCGAUCCAGGAGACCAGAGAGGCAUUCCUCUCAACGGCGCCCAAGUUUGAUCUUAUCGUCCUAGACCCGCCUUGGCCGAACAAAUCGGCGAGGAGAAAGACUGGCGGUUACUCCACAGUCUACGGUCUCAAGGAGACCCGGUCGCUUCUGGAUCACAUCCCCGUCGCUAGCCAUCUUGCAGAUGGCGGCCUUGUCGCUAUCUGGGUAACUAACAAGGCGACUUUGGUAGACCUGCUCACCUCGCCCAGAGGAGUCCUCGCUGGCUGGGGCCUCGAAGUCGCCGCUGAAUGGAUCUGGGUCAAGCUUACCUCUCAAGGGGAGCCCAUAUUCGAUCCUGAGUCUGCUUGGAGGAAGCCGUGGGAGAGACUUAUCAUUGCCCGAAAAAGGGGCGAUAACCACAAGGUGCGGCAGAAGGUAAUCGCCGCAGUACCCGACGUACACUCUCGGAAACCAAACCUUCGUCACUUGUUCGAAGACGAACUGCCUCAAGGGUACCUUGGCCUCGAGGUAUUUGCGCGCAACCUAACGGCGGGCUGGUGGGGAUGGGGCAACGAAGUACUUCGCUUUCAAAAGUCACAACACUGGAUCGUGCAUUCAACGCCAGAGCAGACCGGGCUAAAGAGAAGCGAACCUGACGAUACCAAAACCAAUUGA